AUGGGAGCAGUAGGGCAGUCUUGCAGUGUCCAAUCAGGUCAGGGGGCUCCUGUUACUGCCAGGGGCCUUCCCUCAGGCCAAGCUGUCAAUUACCUUGCUAAGCUCCUCUAUGGUCUGUUUGGUAUCGAGGUCCUCCAUGACCAGCAGGCACUCAAUGGCUGCGAUUGUCACUACAUUCUGCCUGAAGUAGAGCUUUCACAACAUAAUAAAGAACUGGCCAGUUUACUAAAACCAACUGGUAAAGACAUUUAUGGAGAUCAAGCCUUGGAUUUCUAUGCAAAACAUACAGCACAAAUUGAAAUUGUGAGAAAUGAUAGAACCUUGGAAAGAAUUGUUUUCCCCAUCCCAGAAAUCUGUGAAUAUUUAACUGAUGAAACCAAGAACAAAGUUUAUUAUACUGCUGAACGUGAUGACCAAGGAAGCAAAUGGCAAAGACAACUACGUGCCAAUUCCCUACUGUUCUGGUUCAGCAGUCACAUGCUGCUUUGGGGGAGCAUUUCUUUCAACUUAGCUGUUCUUAUGAAUCUGCUAGUGGCCUUUUUCUACCCAUUUGAACAAUCUACAAAAGCAGAACUUGAUCCUCGUCUCUCGGGACUCGUUUGGACUGCAAUGGUUGUAUCAUUAAUUAUAGUCAUUAUGGUCCCUCGGCCUUCAGGAAUUCGAACUCUGAUAGUAUCAACAAUUUUACGACUAAUAUACUCUGUUGGAUUAGAACCAACUCUCUGGCUACUAGGAGCUCUUAAUGUACUCAAUAAAGGCAUAUUCAUUGUGAGUCUAAUGGGUAACAGAGGAACUUUCACUCGGUCAUUUAAACAUUUACUUAUGGAUUUGGAGCUUGUUUAUCACAUCAUUUAUCUCUUACUUUGUGUACUUGGAUUGUGUGUUCAUGAAUUUUUUUACAGUUUACUGCUGCUUGAUGUUGUUUAUCGAGAAGAAACGCUGCUGAAUGUAAUCAAAUCUGUCACCAGGAAUGGGCGCUCAAUUAUUUUAACUGCAGUUCUUGCUGUCAUUCUCAUCUAUCUCUUUUCCAUCAUUGGUUAUGUAUUCUUUAGGGAUGAUUUCAUGAUGGAAGUGGAGCAUCUGGCUGAGAUUUCAGUAAAUGCUGGCAGUAACAGUACAACAGAAGAGACCUGCUCAAGUAAUGAAACUUGUUCAGUGUCGCAAAACAUGUCCCACUGGCUGAAUGAUAUUGAAAGUAAAGAUGAUACAGAAGAAAGGCAGCGAGCAUGUGAUUCUUUAAUUAUGUGUAUUGUGACUUCUCUGAACCAAGGUCUUCGGAAUGGAGGUGGUAUUGGAGAUGUUUUACGAAAACCCAGCAGUAAGGAACCCCUGUUUGUGGCUCGUGUCAUCUAUGAUCUCUUGUUUUUCUUUAUUGUUAUUAUUAUUGUAUUAAAUCUCAUCUUUGGUGUCAUCAUUGACACUUUUGCUGAUUUGAGAAGUGAGAAACAGCAAAAAGAAGAGAUAUUAAAAAACACUUGUUUUAUUUGUGGUUUGGAUCGAUCAUCUUUUGAUAACAAAGCUGUAUCUUUUGAAGAACAUCUUAAGUCUGAACACUGCAUGUGGCAUUACCUUUUCUUCAUUGUUUUGGUAAAAGUGAAAGAUCCGACAGAAUUCACUGGACCUGAAAGUUAUGUCUAUGCAAUGGUCAAAGACAAAAACUUGGAUUGGUUUCCUCGGAUGCGAGCCAUGUCUCUAACUGCAGAGGAAAGUGAUGGUGAACAGAAUGAAUUGCGCAACCUACAGCAACAACUUGAUAACACCAAUAAAUUGGUUUUAACACUUUCUCAGCAACUUCUAGAACUUAAAGAACAAAUGACAGAACAAAGAAAGCAAAAACAACGCUUUGGCCUUCUACACUCAGCCACAGUUCCAAUGGCAGCCAACCAGAAUGUUUGA